UGCACGGUAUCUUGAAUCUAUACUCGAAAGCAGGUAUUUAUUCAUCAACUAGAUUAUCUCUCCACCACACAGAACGAGAAGUUUUUGAUAUAGAAUUUUGAAUUCUCUCAUUUUUUGGACAUAGGCUAACCGUAGAAGGAUAAUUGUUUCUUGUAUUUAAUAACAAUGUCUGGCCCUCAUAUUUGGUUGCGUGCCGAAAGUAAGCCUUUGGAAGAGCGUAGUGCUUUGACGCCUACGACUGCAAAGAAAUUGGCAAACGCUGGUUUCCGUGUCACUAUUGAACGCUCCUCUCAACGGGCAUUCAAGGAUUCUGAGUUCGAAAGUGCUGGAUUCGAAAUGGUUCCUGAAGGAUCAUGGAGAAAUGCACCUCGCGAUGCUUAUAUAUAUGGGUUGAAGGAGCUUCCUGAAAACGAUAAUAGCCCUCUUCAUCAUACCCAUAUCCAAUUUGCUCAUUGCUAUAAGAAUCAAGAAGGUUGGCGGGAAGUCUUGUCUCGUUUUCCUCAGGGUAACGGUCUCCUUUACGAUUUAGAAUUUUUGCAAGACGACAGCGGCCGUCGUGUUGCUGCAUUUGGUUACCAUGCAGGUUUUGCUGGAUCUGCCCUUUCUUGUUUGGUCUGGGCUCACCAAAUAUUAUCUCCCAAGAAGCCUUUUGGUUCUGUCCGUCCAUUCCCUAACGAGAAGACUCUGGUGCGUCACGUCGCUCGACAAGUUCGUCUUGCUCUUCGUAAAAAUAACAACCAGUAUCCUCGCAUUUUGGUUAUCGGUGCUCGUGGACGAUGCGGUAGUGGUGCUUGCGACUUGGCAACAAAAGUUGGUAUCCCUGAAGAGAAUAUCCUUCGAUGGGAUAUCAAUGAAACCAAGAAGGGUGGUCCCUUCCAUGAAAUUACUGAGUCUGACAUUUUUGUUAACUGCAUCUAUCUCAGUGCCCCUAUCCCCAAGUUUUGCACCGUUGAUUCUCUUAAUGUAUCUGAUCGUAAGUUGCGCGUAGUAUGCGACGUUAGUUGCGAUACUACCAAUCCUAACAAUCCUAUUCCCAUCUACAAUGUGAACACGUCGUUUGAUCACCCAACCGUUCCUGUUGAUGGUAUCAAGGGUCCUUUGCCUCUUGAAGUAAUUUCUAUUGAUCAUCUUCCCACUUUGCUUCCUAGAGAGUCUUCUGAAGCCUUCAGCGAGGCCCUUCUUCCCAGUUUGUUUGCUUUGAAGGAUGUAAACCACGCACCUGUCUGGGUUAGAGCUAAGAAGCUUUACGAAGAAAUGGUAAAGAAGCUUUAAUCUGAAUAGGUUGAUGUUAUCUCUGUCCGCCUCAUUUUGAUUUAACGAACUUUUGUUUAAAUCAAAAUCAAAAGCGAUACUGGUUAUUUUUUACUAGUGGGAUUUUUGUUACAUAUAUUAUCGUUCUUGUGUAGAUUAUACAAAUACAGCGCUUGCUGCAUAAUUACAGGUUAUAACGUAAAAGACGGAAUAAAAAGAUCAUUUUUCGUAACCUAUGCUACUUCCCGAGUUCCAUGCUAUUAAAGUACAUGAAUUAAAUGAACAAAAACUAUUAGGAAUUAGGUUUGGGAUCAGUCGCUAGCUCAUGCUUCAUCUUUGCGAACGUGAAAAAAGAUUAAUAAUCAGAGUGAGUUUUCAUCAUCGAGUAAUGUUAAUUUGUAAUGUGGAAGGCAACCAAAUCGAGUAUUGAC